CCCAGAAUUUCAACGAAUUCAAAAAUGUUAAAACGGAAAUUGCAACAGCAAGAGGCUGCGGCAUCCAAAGUCGUCCCAAUCCUGCAGGAGCCCAAGGCUUAUGAGGGACUGACUACCUCAGCACUGUUUGCAAAGCCUCUUUGGCAAAGAUUCUAUGAAAUUGAGGAAGGAUUAAAUUCUGAACUGCAGCAACUGGACAUACCUUCAAACAUAGCCGUUGUUUAUAAUCCAGUUGAGUAUGCCGCAUCCAUGCAUUGUGACUACUUGCGUCGCUUUUUGAGUGGACCCAGUAAAAGGGUGAUGUUCAUAGGGAUGAACCCUGGGCCCAAUGGAAUGGGUCAAACCGGUAUACCCUUUGGUAAUGUACGGACAGUUCGUGACUUGAUGCACAUAUCCGGAAACGUCGAGCAGCCGCCUGUGGUUCAUCCAAAACGACGCGUCACCGGACUAGAUUGCUCUAUUGAAGAACCAAGUGGUGUACGUCUUUGGGAACUAUUCCAAACAUUGGCUGGCGGCAAUCUAGAGACCUUCUCACAGCUAUGUUUCGUUCACAACUUUUGUCCCCUGGCUUUCUUCGACGCGGCGGGUAAAAAUAUAACUCCCAGCGAGCUAAAAGGGGAUUAUAAGAAACAAAUCGGGACAUGCUGCCUGCGUGCGCUAGAGAAGCAGUUGCUCCUGGUGAAACCAGACUAUGUGGUGGCCGUGGGAAAUUAUGUGUACACUCUGCUGAAGCGUUCUACAUAUUGCCAAUCAGCUCAGCUGGUCGUGUGUCUUCCCCAUCCCAGUCCUCGGUCUGUGAAUAACACCAAUUGGCCCGAGAAGGCAAAAGAUUUCUUGGAGACGCACAAUUUAAUACGAUUCAUGCGCAACGAAACCGCAUAAAUCAUGCACAAGAUUAAUUUAAGAAAUGUAAAUAUGUUGUAAUUAAUUUCUUCGCUAACCAUCACCAAUAAUUAGUACUGUAAAAUGCAAAAUUCAGUGCUGAUAAAUUUUUGUAAACUAUUUCA